AGUAUAGUAUUGAAGCACUUGUUGUGAUUUCGAUCUCCAGCUCUGACGCGGUACUACUGUUCUCUUUCCCAUAAAUCCUUCUCCAUACUCUAGUAAAUCAAAAUCUUAAAAUAUGGCAAACAGAGACAAGGCAGCUAGGCAGCUCGAAGAUCAUUGUACUGCCCAAAAGGGAAAGUCAGAUAGACUGACCACCUCAACAGGAUGUCCAAUCGACAACAAGUUGGCCACCAUGACGGCCGGAGCCCGUGGCCCGGUCCUCAUCCAGGACUUCGUCUUCACCGACGAGAUGUCGCACUUCGGUCGGGAGCGCAUCCCUGAGAGGGUUGUGCACGCUAAGGGAGCUGGUGCCUUUGGAUACUUUGAGACCACGCACGACAUCUCCAAAUACUGCAAGGCUGCACCCUUUGAGUCCGUGGGGAAGAAAACCCCUGUGGCCAUCCGAUUCUCCACCGUCGGUGGCGAGUCUGGAUCGGCUGACACAGCCCGCGACCCUCGUGGCUUUGCCGUCAAAUUCUACUCAGAGGAUGGCAACUGGGAUCUGGUCGGCAACAACACACCCAUCUUCUUCAUCCGUGAUCCAAUGUUCUUCCCUAGUUUCAUCCAUACCCAGAAGAGAAACCCAGUCACUCAUCUUAAGGACCCUGACAUGUUCUGGGACUUCAUCACCCUGCGCCCAGAGGCCACUCACCAGGUCUCCUUCCUCUUCUCCGACCGUGGCACGCCUGACGGCUACCGUCACAUGAACGGCUACGGUAGCCACACCUUCAAGCUCCGCAACAAGGACGGUGAAUACGUCUUCUGCAAGUUCCACUUCAAGUGCGACCAGGGGAUCAAGAACUUGAACCGCCAUCGUGCCGGCGAUCUCUCCGCGACCGACCCAGACUACGCCAUCCGUGACCUGUACAAUUCCAUCGCCACCGGCAACUUUCCAUCCUGGUCCCUUCACAUCCAGGUCAUGACCCAAGAGCAGGCAGACAAGCACCGUGACAACCCCUUCGAUCUCACCAAGGUCUGGUCCCAAAAGGAGUUCCCACUGCUCCCUGUCGGCAAGAUGGUCUUGAACCUGAACCCCAAGAACUACUUUGCCGAGGUGGAACAGAUCGCCUUCUCCCCUGCUCACAUGAUCCCAGGCAUUGAGCCCUCACCGGACAAGAUGCUUCAGGGACGCCUGUUCUCCUACUCGGACACCCACCGCCAUCGUCUUGGCACCAACUAUCUCCAGAUCCCUGUCAACUGCCCCUUCGCUGCCAGGACCCGCAGCUACCAGAGGGAUGGACCGCAGUGCGUGACUGACAACCAAGGAGGAGCACCAAACUACUUCCCCAACAGCUUCACCGGACCCAUGGACAGCAAGAGCUACGAGCAAACUAAGUUCACCUGCCCUGGAGAGGCCGCCAGAUACGAGACCGGCGACGAUGACAACUACACCCAGGCGGGCAUCUUCUGGCGCGAUGUCCUGUCCGAAGCUGAUCGUGAGGCCACCGUAGACAACAUGGCUUCUCACAUCAAGGACGCUGCGGAGUACCUGCAGAAGAGAACUGUUGUGCAGUGGGGCAAGUGCGACGAGGACUGGGGGAAACGUCUUGAGGCCAAGCUUGCUGAAUACAAGACUCAGGCCAGCGCCACUGCUAACCUGUAAGGUCCAAUUUGACGACUUGGAACGACAGUAAGUGGUGGAAGACCAGAAGAUCUUCAUCGUAAUCAUCAGACGUGGCCUUUGUAGCAGAAAAGUUGACACAUCAAACACUUGUAGCCAUCUAUGUAUAUCAUUAUGUUACCAAUCAAAUCAUUUAUACAAAUCAGAAUUUGUAACCAUGAUUUGGUGAUGGGAAAAUUUAUAUUGUAUAUAAAGUUUAAAAAGAGGAAUUUUUGUGGGAGAAUUAUGAGAAAGAUGUAAUACAAUGUUCAUUUCAAUUAUGAGAUGAAAGGAUUUAGCAUGAUGAUGAUGAUGAUGAGUGCAUUUUUUAUUACAUCAAUUAUACAUUUAGCUGAGUUUGUACAUUGAAGCUAUUUGUUCACUGAAAUCUAUGGUUUAAAAAAAGUUAGGUAUGUUUAAUACAAUGUCAAGCAAAGUGGGUGUGUUUCAAAUUAAGUUGUUGGUCGAACUUAGCUGAACUACAUCUGUAGAAAACGGAAGUUCUGAAAAUAAUUCAAUUUGUAAUGGGGCUGAGGGAUCGUGUCAUCAUUCAAAAGAGCUUGUUGCUUUUCUAAUGUAGUGAUCUUCUUUAAUAGUUCAAAGAAAAUUUAAUUAGUUUUAGCUGUGAUAUCUUUUGUGAAAAAAGUUCAGUUUAUUUGCUGACCAUUUCUUUUUUUUGACAUGUAGCAUUAGAUACUCUAUUUCAGGCCAUUUGUGUAAUUUACCUCAAACAACAGUCAUUAAAAGUACUUUCAUAUAGAAAUAAAAAAUUCAUUGCUUUAUUCGAGUAUGUAGUCAAAGGAAGAUUUGAAAAUAUUCCAUUUAUCAUUGAGAAGGCAAUAGCAUUAUUCAAAGCUGCGUUUAUUCAUGUUGUACCCUCAUUAUUUCCUGUUGAUGUUACAUACACCUUUGGUUUUGUCGGCCUCCUGCACAAUUUGUUAUUACAUGUAUAUGGUAACGCAACACAUAGGAAGAUACUGUGAAAACUUCUCUGUUACUUUUUGACAGGCAGAAAAUAUCAUCCCCCCCCCCCCAUGCGGCCUUUGUGUGUAUGUGAUCAAAUUUUAUUUGUUACAUGUUCAUGUUAAUUCACCCGUCUUCCACAAAAAUAUUCAAAUAUUCCUGAAUCGUGUGUUGGCUACAUUGUAUUAGAAAACAUGCAUUAUUAUCAUUGCCAGGUGGAAUUUUUAGUUUUAAUUGUUCAUCUUUCAAAGCAUUCAAGAUACUUUUAGUUAGUAGAAAGUUUAGAAACUUUUGAAGAAGAAAAAAUAAAUCAUUGUUUAUCAAUGGUUAAACCCCCAAAUACAAUUGUUUAGUUUUCAUGACAUGCUUUAUUGCAGUCGAUUCCGCAACUCACAUGGAAUGUUAAAUUUUCUGUUUUAAGAAUUGUCAAUGUAUAUCCAGCUAGCUACCAUUUUUUGUUGUUGACAUUUCAACAUUCAUUGCGUCCCUACAUGUUCGAUCAAUCAUUACAAUGAUAUGCUCUUAUGUGGUGUUGUGGUUCUCUAUGACCUCACUUGUAUAAAAUAUUUGAUAUUACAUUAUAUAAAUAAUCAUGACAUUUUAUUUCUCAACUUGGUCAACUGUCAGCUAUGGAGUUGGAUUUGAAACUUUCCUGGAUAGACCCGUUCACUAAUUUGAUGCAUACUUUUAAAACAAAAGUAUCUGAACAAGCCUUUAGAGGUCAAAGUUGAUAACAUUUUUCCAAAUAGCACAGUGCCAUGUUCUUUCUGAAUGUAUAAAAUUCUUCAUCAGAGACUAUUAAUCUCCAAUAAAAUGUGGAAUGCA